UUCGGUUGAGCCGAAAAUGGUGACAGCUUGCGCGUGCGGACGAUGGCGGUAAAUAACAGCAGUAAGUGAAUGUGGAAAAACACGCGAUUAAUUGCCAUCACAUUCCGCGUGAAAACUAUUUUACCGGCUUUUUCGCGGAGGACUCGGGCCGAGGAAUUGUUUGAAAGCGACUGCGCCGCUUUUUUGUGUUAUUUUAUUUAGUGUCUGCUGCUCGUGCUGUUUUUUUUUGUUCAAUGGAUUUAAAGUAACGGAUCUCUCGCGCCGGUAUAAACGCACAAAAACCGAGCGUCCGAUCACCGGCAACGGAUGCGCACGAAUCCGCCGCUACCACGGGUUCCGCGUGUCUCCCGGUGCAGCGUCUUUUGUUCUUGUGUGUUCUCUGUGAUGAAGCCCAUCAUCACACACUUCAGCGAGAGCAAGCAUCUGCUCUGAUGCUGGACCUCAAGACUUCACACAGAUGAGCACGGUCAUGGCAUGUGGUUCCUGACUCUGAGUGCUCAUGCGUGUUGGGAGACAUGGAUCGCUGUAAGCAUGUGGUGCGGCUUCGUUUGGGCCACGGCCACUCCAUCCUCAACCCGCAGAUGUGGCGCUGUGUGGACUGCGACACCACGGAGUCAGUAUGGGCCUGUCUAAAGUGCUCUCACGUGGCUUGUGGACGUUACAUGGAGGAACACUCCCUGAGUCAUUACCAGCAAACGCAACACCCGCUGGCCAUGGAGGUUCGCGAGAUGGACGUCUUUUGUUUCGCGUGUGGAGAUUACGUGUUGAACGAUAACGUUGAGGGAGACCUGAAGCUCCUGCGAGGUGCUCUGUCUACUGUCCGAACCCCCGGUCAGCGUUCGCUACGUUCGUCGGCGGCUGACGGUGCUCUUAGAUUGUGCGAGGUCACACGGGACGGUGCUGGGCCCAGGCCCACUAUGCAAGCGGCACUCUUGCACAGGCGGAAAACUCUGCUUAGAGGUGCCCUGCAUCGUUGGAGGGGCCGGCAGCAAGAAGAACAGAGGAUCCGUGAGGAGAAACUAGAGCAGGAGCGAGAGGAGAAGCGACGACAACGCAGGGAAGUUAAGAAGAGGCUAAUGGGAGAACUAGCCAACGUUCCACCGAGAAAGAGCGCGCGGCUCCUCACUCAGGCUCCUCGUCCCACGCUCGCGCUCGUCCCCCAGAAGUUUCGCGACCCUCCGGAAAGAUUUCCCCCGGUGCUCAAACAGCCCCUGCUUCCACUGUCAAACAAAUCACACUCGCGUAAACCACUCCGCAGCACAGGUAGGCUUCGUCGAUAUCGCACCUCUCAGUCAGCACGCCGCAAAAAACUUGCACCCGGGGUCACAGGACUGCGUAACCUCGGCAACACGUGUUACAUGAACUCCAUCCUUCAGGUGCUAAGUCACCUGCAGAAGUUCAGGGAGUGUUUCCUCACGCUGGACCUUUGUGAGACAGAGGAACUGCUCGCUAAGACCAACCAGUCCAGUGCCCUUACCACGCUGGGUCGCAUGGGUAGGGCAACCAGCGGCAUGUCGCAGAUCGUCCCACCCAGUUUGAACGCAGCUGAACUGGUGCAACCUAAAGAGCCACGUUCCUCGUCUCGGCAGAAGAUGUCACUGUGUCACGAGCUGCACACACUCUUCAGGGUCAUGUGGUCCGGUCGAUGGUCGCUGGUCUCCCCCUUCGCCAUGCUGCACUCUGUAUGGAAUCUUAUCCCAGCGUUCCGUGGAUACGACCAGCAGGAUGCGCAGGAGUUCCUGUGUGAGCUUCUGGAUAAAGUCCAGCAGGAACUGGAAUCGGACGCACCACGCAAACAUUUCUUGAUCCCCAUCACGCAGCGAAAGCUCUCCAAACAGGUCCUCAAAGUGCUUAACACUAUCUUCCACGGACAGCUACUCAGCCAGGUUACUUGUUUGUCCUGUAAGCGCAAGUCAAACACCGUGGAGCCGUUCUGGGAUUUGUCACUCGAGUUUCCAGAGCGAUAUCACCGGAUGGAGAAGCCCAGCACCGCCGCUUGUCAGCAGAGCUGCUCUCUGUCCGAGAUGCUCGCCAAGUUCACAGAGACUGAAGCUUUAGAGGGCUGCAUCUACGCAUGCAACUUUUGCAACCGAAAGCGACGUAAAUCAUCCCAUAAGCCCCUGUCCUUGUCUGAGGCCUGUAAGCAGUUACUCAUCUGUCGUUUACCUCAAGUGCUGCGUCUACACCUCAAACGCUUCCGGUGGGCUGGUCGGAACCACAGGGAGAAGAUCGGCGUCCAUGUGGCUUUUGAUCAGGUCUUAAAUAUAGAACCGUACUGCUGCUCAGAUGCUGCGCCGUUGCCACAGAGAGAGGCCUACACCUAUGAUCUGUCUGCUGUAGUGAUGCAUCAUGGGAAAGGCUUUGGCUCAGGGCACUACACAGCCUACUGUUAUAACACUGAAGGAGGUUUCUGGGUUCACUGUAAUGAUUCAGAGAUGAACGUGUGCAGUGUAGAGGAGGUGUGCAGCACUCAGGCCUACAUCCUGUUCUACACACAGCGCUCCUCCUAAACCUGUCUGCCUCCCUCUCGCUCUCUCUUUCUACCUGUCUCUCUCUCUUUAUCUCUCUCUUAUUGGAGGUCUGUUCCUGACAUCAGCAGUGAGACUCAGAGACGUUCGUUUGUCUCUGCUGGCACAGUCACACUUAACCCAGGGCAUUCAGGACCAAACUUUGCUCACCUGCAGGGUCCAGCACACAAAUACAAACCAAUAAACUCAAGAACUGAAACUCUUCUGCUGUCGAGAGGGAACGAAUGGUCACUCCUCCAGCAAUAUGAUCAUCAUCAUCAGACACAAACACUGAAUCAGGAAUUCUUCAUCUUUGAUACCGUGACUGUUUUCUAAUCUUUCUACUUGGGAUGAUAUUCAGGACAACGGAGAAAGCCUCUCUUCAUUUUCAUCAGUGGUAAAUGACUGAACAAUCUUAUGACGCUGAAUGUCUUAGUUGUGCGUGUGGACAGGUGUGACAGCUGACCCUCAGCCUUUGUCCUGUAUCGUGAGAGCACCUGUUAUUGACUUUAUUGAUCUUGUGGGAUCUUCCUGAUGAUAGUGAAUAAAGAACAAAAAAACCUA